GACUGUUACAACUCGCUGGCAGAGAAUUUAAAAGGCAUCUGGACGCGACCGAGGAGACAGACGCUGAGAGAAGAAAGAAGAGCAACGGACACGAUGAAGCUGCAAAGUACUCUUCUGGUAAUCUGCCUACUCAGGUCAAGCCUUGCACUACCAGUACAGAUUGGGCUUAUCGCAAGCAACAGCAAUGAGAUCUUGAGACUGAAUGGAUUGACUCUCGCAGCUCUUGGACAAACACAGGGCUCCAUACUGCCCCAGUAUGUGCUGCAGCAGCAGACGCCCGACGUCUUGUUCACCCCACAGCUGUUGAAUUUGAACCCUCAGCUGGCGGGUCCUUUCGGUCCCCAGGGCCCACAACUGUUGCUUCCCAACCAGGGCAACCAGCUAACACCCAUGCUUGUGGCUAAUGGCCAGCAAGAGCAGCUUGGACCGGCGCAAGACCCGAACAACCCCAACGUCCCUCAGCAGGCCCAGAACCCUGUCCAGAUGUAUCCGCAGUUUCAGUAUCCCUCGUUCGGAUUCCCUCAGCUUCACAGACAACAGGGCUACCCUUACUUUGUACCACGGUAUGGCUAUGCCCAGCAGAGGAACCCGGCGGUUCUGCCCAACAACGGACAGCAGAACCUGGAAAGAACCACACAGAGACCACAACUCCCCCUGCAGCAGGGCUCUAAGCCACAGCUACAGACAGAAAAGACAUGGCAAGCAGGGACUCAGAGAGAGUCCACCACGGUUCCCCCUGAUCCCCGUGGUGAUGCAACUGGUCCCGGGACUGAUGAGGGUAAUGGCAGCUUUCCCUUCCUGUUUGAGCCGUAGAUGUUACAUGGAACGAAGUAACAUCAUUGCUGUGGUGAAAAAAAACGCCUGAGGAAGUGUUUGCUACAACCUUACUGGAACUUAUUUUUUGCUUUGACUACAUUUUCAAUAAAUAAUUUUGUCAAAUGAAA